UGAGAAACGAUGCGCAUGAAUAGUUGGUAGUGAACACACCCCUUCAGCCGGCAUGAGCCGGAAGUGCACCGGUGAAAUGUCCCCGGAGGAGGGCAUGGAGGUGGAUUACCAACCAGAGGAUCUACCCAUGUGCUCCUAUGACGAGCGCUGUGUUGAACACGGUGUUAAAGACAUGAGGCUGGAGGCUGAAGCCAUCGUCAGCGACGUCCUUUUCGCAGUAAACAUGAUGUUCGUGUCGAAAUCUCUUAGCAACGGCUUGGAUUUGGCUUUUAUCAACGUGGAGACGAGAGAAGGAAAGCGCUACUGCUUGGAGCUCAGUGAAGCUGGGCUCAGGGUGGUGGGUCACACCUUUGACCAGAUGGAUGCAGGUCUGAGCGCUCAGUAUCAUGAGACUGUUUACUCGCUCCUGGAUUCUCUGAGCCCAGCGUACAGGGAAGCAUUCGGAAAUGCUCUGCUCCAGCGACUAGAGAGGCUCAAACAAAAUGGACAAUGAAAAGUUCAUCCCAAACCCAGGACUUGCUUCCAAACAUCUUUUUCUAGCUAGUGUUUAUGCCUCACGUCUGUGCAACAGCCAGCUUCAAGCAUCAUCGGCACCCUUUUCCUAUCUGAAACACAUUACUGGCUUAUUUUAGUUGUGCUCUUGAUUUUACAGACUUUUUGGUCAGAUUCUAAUUAGCUUUACAGUUAGUGACAAUGUUUUUAUUGGGUUUUAUGGUAUGGCAAAAAAAAACAACAACAGAGGGUGUCGUAUGAUUUUUGAGAAGCGUAGGGCAUCAAAAUACUGAAAAUACUUUUGCACAUGACCAACUAAUAACAAAAUUUGUUAAUCACUUGGUCAGCUAAUAUUGUGACUAGAAACAAAAGCCAGCUCUCUGCUGUUUUAGCAUAUAAAGCUUUACUAUUUGGACUAAACUGGACCUGAAACGCUGCUUGUUUUUUAAAAACUGGUUGGUUUCUAUGAUGCCUUAUUGUGAUGGUCUGGAAUGUGGUGUCCAAUGUUUAAUUUCUUUACAAUAUACUUUUAGUUUGGAAAUGUGA